GAAGAGAGAGGGGGGAGGUGGCAGAGAAUGCAGGAGAAGCAACAGCUUGAGAUUUCGAGGCAGAGAGAGUGGAAAAGUAAGAGCAAGCCAACUCCAGCGAGACAGAGAAAAGAGUUAGUAACGGAGGAAGACCGAGAGAGGCACAGAAUGGGCUGGGCUGGAACACAGAGGCAGUAAAACAUGACUUAAUGUGAGAGAGCACAGAGGAGAAUAGGACAGGAAUGUAGUCCUUUACAAAGAGCUAAGAGAGCGAGGAAGAAGUAGAAAGACACAUAAAUAAAGAGGCAGCCGAGCGGCAGCAGGGAGGGAGGCAAGUAGCCACAAGAAAUGGCAACAAAGGGUAAAGAGAGAGGAAAGAGUAGAAGUGACACAAAGAGAAUAAAUAAAGACGGAACAAAGACAAGAGAAGAGGACAUGCUGACUUUGCUGGCGUCUGUGUGUAUGUCUACGCGUUCAUGAGAGUGUACAUGUGUGUGUAUAUGAGGUAUGAGGGUUCUGCUCCUAAGGCUGCUGGCCGUCCUCUCCCUCGCCUCUUUCUGCAGUGUGCUGCUCUGGCUCUUCCUCAGUAACAGUGAUGCAGGUCUUCGUGGUCCACGUUACACUAAAAAAGAACGUGCAGACUCUAUUAAGCCAGACUCCUGCAAGGUCUGUAGGGAAAACGUCAUCAUUGACAAAGCCCUGCGAGUGUACUCUUCCAGAUGGAGAAGGCAAGAGGCAAAUUUCAAAAGGUUCAGGUCAUUGCUAAGCAGAAACUGCCAUGCCUUAUCUAAGGCUGUGGUCACACAGGCUAACACGCCUGUGGGGUCAAAACUUGUGUAUGAUGGAGAGAAGACAAAGCCACUGCAGGUGACAUCAGCUCUGUUCAACACAUUUGCCAAGGAGCAGCCAUUUGGAAAUGCAACAUGGGACACAUGUGCUGUCGUGGGCAAUGGAGGGAUCUUGGCUAAUAGCAGCUGUGGAGAAAAAAUCAACUCAGCAGACUUUAUCAUCAGGUGUAAUCUUCCUCCUCUGGGGAGUGGUUAUGAGAAAGAUGUGGGGAACCAGACCAGCCUGGUUACGGCCAACCCCAGCAUACUAAUAGAGAAGUUCGGGGGACUGAUGGAACGUCGUCGUCCAUUUGUUGAGAGCUUGCGUCCUUACGGUGACUCCCUGCUUGUGCUGCCAGCCUUUUCCUAUGGCCACAACACACCCGUGUCACUGCGAGCCUUUUACACGCUGGAGGACUUUGGCAUCACUAGUGCACGUCCAGUCUUCCUCAACCCGGAGUAUCUGAGCAGCCUGGCGCGUUUCUGGCGUGGGCAGGGCCUUCGCUCAGCCCGCCUCAGCACGGGCCUCAUCGUGGCCAGCCUGGCUCUGGAACUGUGCACCAAUGUUCAUUUAUAUGGCUUCUGGCCCUUCAGCCAGCACCCUUACGGCCGCCAGCCAAUCACCAAUCACUACUAUGAUGACAGGCAGAGCAAAAAGAAUGUGCACUCCAUGCCGGCUGAGUUUGAUCAUCUUCUCAGGCUUCAUAUGCAGGGUGUUAUCCAAAUGCAUCUGGGGGCGUGUUCAAUGUUAAACCGCACAUCAAACUGAACACACUUAGUUUAGACUGUGCAUACAUGACCUACUAGCAACCUUGGUAAGGAUGAGCAAUAAAGGCUACAAAAAAGGGAUAGGGAGUUCUAAACAGGGAGCAGAAGGCCUCAUGAGCAGACCAGAACUACAAUACCCCGAGCAGGAGCUGUGGGUCCAAGUCUGCUUUUACAUUGCUGAGAGGAGCAGAGGCAUGAUGGGAUUUGAAGUCAGGAUAGCUUGACAUGAACUGUUUAGCCCAGGGGUAUCCAGUCGUAUCCACAAAGGCUGUGGAUUUGUAAUUUUCAUUACAAAUAAGCAGGAUUCUACUUUAUAGAACUGGUCUCAUACAGCUCAUCAUGCAGGCUGCAACUUUGCUGGAAUUAAAAUGUAAUAUUAGAUAAGGUUGGAUGCCCUGAACUAGCCAAACCAACCUACACUUUAAGUACUGACACAAAGGACUUUUUAUUUAAUAUUUUUGCUGCUCAGAAACGCUAGUCAUUUGUCUGAGAGUUAAGUUACUUCAGCAAUAUUUAAACAGUUUAAGUGGUGAAAUUUUCAAGUUAGAAGCUCUAGGAUGGUUUCUAGGACUCCUAAACCAGAACUAAGAUAGUGGAGAUUCACUAUUGAAAAUCAAUUUUAAUUUCUGAAACUAAACUACAUCUGGGAAAUGGACAAAAAAUUAUAAUCAGCUGAAAGGGGUUAAGUGUAAGGAAGAGUUAAAAAAUCAAACUGCCUCUCAGGUCAACUAGCCUACUUUUUAAAAAAUUUAACCUUCAUACAGAGAAGGUUUAUGGAUGUAGUGAAGGUGGAUAUGGAGAUGGUUGGUGUAAAAGUAGAGGAGGCAGUGGAUAGGGCAAGAUGGAGGCAGAUGAUACGCUGUGGCAACCCCUAAAGAGAGCAGCCGAAAGAAGAAGAAGAAGAACCUUCACAUAAUUAGACAUAAUGAAAAAUUCUCUAUGAAAAUCAGUUUUACUUACUGACUAAGCUACAACUAGGAAAUUGGCAAAAAAAAGCUAAAAGGGGUUACAUCUAAUGAUUGAACUACAUCUCAGGUCAGCUGUUUAACCUAGGUAUAAUU